AUGGACUCUAGAAGGUUCUACGGGAUCAGGGUUCCACCCGUUGAAGACAGCGAAGAUAGCUGCCUCAGCGACAGCGACACCGAUUACAGCCUUGACGCAGAAGACGCUGCCCCAGCAGAUCAAUCUAGGCAAUCUGGGAUUGACACAGUGCAGAAGAAUGCCAACAAAGCAUUACGCCUAACAUGCGCUGAACUAGAGCAGUUUCUCGGUGCCACAAUGUACAUGUCCAUAUACAGGAUUCCACGAUCACACAUGUACUGGAGCCGCGAGAUGACAGUAGAAAAAGUGGCAGAAGUUAUGUCACGUGACAGGUGGCAAACCAUAAAGAGCGACCUUCAUUUCAACAACAACGAUCUCCUACAAGCGAAUGCUGGAAAUGACAGGAUCUUCAAAAUUCGACCACUGAUUGGCAAUCUGCUUCCCAAAUUUCAAAUCCUUCCAAAGUCACAGAUGCUGGAGGUUGACGAGCACAUUGUGCCGUUCAAAGGCCGUUCAGCUCUCAAGCAAUAUGUCCCUAGUAAGCCUCACAAGUGGGGCUACAAGAUUUUUGUACUUUGUGACACCCACGGACUUGUCUACGACUUCUCCAUUUACACAGGGAACAUCCGCCCCGUUCCUGGUUUACCUGACCUUGGAGCGAGCUCUAAUGUUGUGCUCGAGCUUUCGCGCUCCAUCCCAGAGAACAAGAACUCCUUGUUUUUUGACAACUGGUUCACAUCCAUAAAACUGCUUGUAAGUUUGCAUCAGCUCGGUAUUCCAGCCUUGGGAACUGCGCGGGCAAACAGGAUUUCUGGAUGCCGACUACCCAGUGAUGCAGAAAUGAAGAAGGACGGAAGAGGAAGCCACAUGGAGCGGGAGGCUACUGUUGAUGGGGUUGAAGUCCGAGUUGUGAAGUGUUACGACAGCCGAGGAGUGAAUAUAGCCAGCACAUUCGGGAGUGCCGAGCCCCUAGGAAGCUGCCAGCGGUUCGACUGCAAGAAGAAAGAAAGGUGCGAAAUUCAGCAGCCUGCUAUUGUGAAGACAUACAACACCUUAUGGGUGGAGUAG